GAGCAGGCAGGCAGGCGGCUGCCGGGAGAGCUUCUAGGCGCUGGCGCCUGCUCUCAGAAGCUCCGGAUCCAGACGCACGAGAGGGCUGCUGGUUCAGCACCAGGAGCUCAGGCUGAGGAGGGAGGACUCCUGUUUGUCCUCCUCCUCCUCUACAUAUUGGCUUGAAUCGGCUCUGACCCCCACCAGUGCAGCACAGUCUGGGAAGAAAAGCAGGAUGGUGAAGCUGAACAGUAACCCAGGAGAGAAGGGGGCCAAGCCGCCUUCAGUGGAGGAUGGCUUCCAGACUGUCCCCCUCAUCACACCCUUGGAGGUUAAUCAUUUACAGCUGCCUGCUCCGGAAAAGGUUAUCGUCAAGACAAGAACAGAGUACCAGCCGGAGCAGAGGAACAAAGGGAAGUUCCGGGUGCCGAAGAUUGCGGAAUUUACGGUCACCAUUCUUGUCAGCCUGGCCCUUGCUUUCCUCGCCUGCAUCGUGUUCCUGGUGGUUUACAAAGCCUUCACCUAUGACCACAGCUGCCCAGAGGGAUUUGUGUAUAAGCACAAGCGCUGUAUCCCAGCCUCACUGGAUGCUUACUACUCAUCCCAGGACCCCAACUCCAGAAGCCGCUUCUACACAGUCAUCAGCCACUACAGUGUGGCCAAGCAGAGCACCGCCCGAGCCAUUGGGCCAUGGCUGUCGGCAGCUGCCGUCAUCCAUGAGCCCAAGCCACCCAAGACCCAGGGCCAUUAGAGGCCUGCCCAGCCAGGAUGAGGGUGGUGGUGGAGAGGGGAACACCACCACCACUGGCUAAGCCAAGCUGGAGCUACAACAUAACACUGUACUGCUGGGGUACGGGGUGGGGGUGGGGCAGGAUGGGAUCUGGGGAGAACUCUCCAAAAAUAUUGUGCACUGGAGUUGUCUGAAUCAAUCUUUCUUUUUGUCCCUUGGUAUUGUUGAUUCGUACCCAAGUCAGGCUCAUGUACAAAGGCAUGUUUCGUGUUGAUUGUUCCCAUGUAAGAUAUUUUCAAAGCCACUGCUCAUUCUUUGUUAGGAAAAAUUUAGAAACAGAAAAAGAGAACCAGAGAAAAUGAAUGCAAAGCAUGAAUCGGGCUCCAUGUGGAAGACACUGCAGGGCAGUCAAGAGCACAGCCUCUCUGGGCUUCGUAGAUAAGGCACUAGCUUCAGUGUGGGUGUCAGAAUAUGUGUGUGACAUAUGGUAGGUAGGCUGUCAGGUUUGCCUGCGGUCUGCAGGAUAGGAGCAUGGCAAGGUAGGAAAGGCUGAGUUGGAGAGAAAGGUGAUGUUGGCAUUUCUAAGUCAGGAGGGCACAGGGUACCACCCAAUGGUGAGUUUGCAAAAUUAGCACAAACCUGUGGAGGGAGGCAUCGUGCUCAGACCUGGGCUCCGGUUGUUCACUGUGUGCCACGUUUUGCGUCAGCAAACACAAUGUGGGUAGAUUUUUGUCUCCUCUUGUUUUUCCAAGUGUGUAUCUAGAUGCUUCCCAUGUUUUUGAGAUGGCAGGGGUAAAGAGGGACAGAGAAAAGGAGAGGUGGUAAGAAGACACAGGUCAGGCAAAUAACCCUGGGCCAAACUAGAAGCAUGGGUACCUGGGUUUUAAAUUUAUGUGUGUGUGUGUGUGUGUUUUCCCCUAAAGUGCUAAGGACAGCAGCAGCAAUUGGAUUAUAACCAAGAAAUUCCAGUGACAGCCAGGAGGAGGCCUGAAAAUUGGACCUGAAACAAUGACAGGCUAUCUCCGAAAGCUGAAAGAAGGUGACUUUCUUUUGCUCACUUUGUUGUGUUGACAGCAGACAUGUGUCCAUACUCCCCAACCAAGUUCUGGAACCUCUAACAAGGAGGUCGUGUCCAAUAUUAGCUAGGCCUCCUACUUCAUGGCACCCAGCAGGGCCCUUGUGUUUCUCACUAGUGCUCCAGGAAGGCCCUUUUCUAUGGAGAUGCUGGCUCUAGGCCCAAUGGGGCCAGAACUGGCCAGAAGAAUUGCUUAUUUAAGAAAUGUUACUGUUUCCUGAUGUGUCUCCAACAGGCCAUUUAAAGGGUAUUUUUUAUUUAUUUAUUUAUUUUUUUGUGGCUUGCUAUGUUGCUGAAAUCAUUGUACUCAACAGCUGGGGAGUAAGAGUAGAGUAGCUCAAACCAUCCUGCCAAAUACUCUCAUCUGAUUCUUCCUCCCUCCUCCCCAUCCUCCCAUCAUCACCUUGAGUCACCUGUAAAUUCAUUCGUCAUCUGAAGCAGAUUAACAAAUCGUCCCUAGCAAAACCACAGAGCGCUUUAUAAUUUUGUGGUGUAUUUUUGUCAGUAGGUAGCAGAGGCUGAAGUAUUUUUUGGUGUAAUUCUUGAAAUUUUCUGACAGGAAAAAAAAUAAACAUAGAUGUGUCUGAGA